AUGGCUGGUCCCAGCAAGUCCCUGGUCCUUGACCCGGCCCUCCAGAAAUACUAUGAACUCAACGCCAACCGCUACAAGUACUUCCGCUGGACCCCGCGCCAUGCCUGGAUGUCUAUUAUCUAUAUGGCGAUUAUCCCUGGUGCCCUGACCUAUCUCGCCUACAACACUGAGAACGCUGCUGACAGUUCACAGGGCAAAUACGAGCUCCGCGGCAAGCGGAAGGGAGACACAAUUGCCGAGUGGUAG